AUUAUCACCAUUGGUGACAAGUCUGGUGAAUUGGACAUAAAGAUGUGGGGUGAUUCCAAAGUGAACCUAGUUACGAGGACGGCAUGCAAUGCUUUAAUCAGCGGGUUAAAGGUUGACAUUUACAAUGGCAGAGUUUCCCUAAAUUCAUGUGUUUCCACCACAGUAGAGAUCAUACAAGACAUAGAACCAGUUGAAGGAUGCAUUCAGGCAGCUUGUUUUGAUGAGGAAGAAAUGUCCAUUAUGAUUGGGGAGAGUGUGUAUGUAGUAACUUCACAACAGAUGGAGAGAAUCUUCCCACUGUUCCAGUUUACGGAAAAGAAGACUAUCAAGGCAAAGCAUCAGGGCAGCAGUAUCACUGAAAUUGUUGCAGUGAGUGGUGAAGAAGAGAAAGAGUAAAUGUCAAUUCUAUAGUGUUGCAGUGAGUGGUGAAGAAAAGAAAGACGAAGUUUACAUCCACAGUGGAGGAAGACAUCCAAAUGAAGAGGAAAUAGCUUUUUUCUAUUUUGUAUUAGACUUUUUUUAGAACUGAUGUUAUCAGUUGAGUUUUGUGUUAUUUAUUUUUUCUUUAGUAUUGGUUUCUUUAGAUACUAUGAUUUUUUGUAAGCAUUACUGAUUUUUGGAAGUGAAGAUUGAGCAGCAUUGCUUGAGGCUUGAAAUGAAAUGUUGUUUAUAUGCAUUCUAGAGACCUACUCAAACGACAAUUAAGCUAAACUUUUUAGACUACUGUAAGAUGUAUUUUUGUUGAUUAUAAUUAGCUUAAUGGUUAUUUAAAAUUUUUUAUUUUAUUUUGAAUUGUGCUUUUAUCAGUUAGUAGAUUAUAUAAGGUGCAGAUAAUAAAUGGGAAAUGCAUGAUUUCUUUGUAAGAAAGUCCUGGAAACUGAAACAUCUUUUUUUAAAAAGCUAGCAUCUUUUUCUAUGUAAGGACCUACUCUAAUAAUUAAAGCUCAGGAACUGCAAAUAAACAAUAUUUUGGGAUGACCUUAUUUGAUCAAAUGUUUGCACAGACAAAUCAUUAAAAUUAAGAGUAGUAUUUAUGCAUUAAGCUGUUUGCAAUAUUUUACAGCAUGUUUUCUUGCAUUUUUUACUGGAAUGAACAUGCUUUUGUCAUAGAAUCUAUUUAUUAUUUUAAUUGUUUUUCCUGGCAAUAUUAGCAUUUCCUUCUUCUUUUUUUAUGUAAGAGAGUCUCAGGUUUGGGGCAUUACUGAUCCUAGUCAAUAGCAAACAAUUAAUUGAGGUAUUGUUUAUUUGCCUACAUUAAAGUUUAAUAAGAAACUGACAAGGCACCUUAUGGAUUUUUCUAUUAAAAUCAGCUUUAGUUCUCAAAUAUCAGAUUUUGAUAGAGAUUCAUUA